GAGGAGUCCCAGCGUAAGAAGGUCCCGGAGAAGUGUCACUGGCCCCGAGUGAGACCCCGUAGCCCGUUCUCCCCGCGCCAGCUGUCCCCGCGGCUUGGCGAGCUAGGGCAGCGGAAAUGUUGCAGGAGGAGUCGGAUUUGUCUCUCAUUAUUGCCCAGAUAGUCCAAAAGCUCAAGGGCUCCAAUUUAUACGCUCAGUUGGAACGGCAGGCCUGGGCCAGUCUUCAGAGACCUGAGAUUAAACUUCAGUCACUAAAAGAAGAUAUUAAGGAAUUCUUUAAAAUAUCAGGUUGGGAGAAGAAACUUCAGAAUGCUGUUUAUAGUGAACUGAGUGUGUUUCCUUUACCUAGUCACCCUGCUGCACCUCCUGAACAUCUGAAAGAACCUUUGGUUUACAUGAGGAAAGCUCAGGGAAGUUGGGAAAAAAGAAUUUUGAAGAGUUUAAAUAGCAUGUGCACUGAACUGAGUAUCCCAUUGGCACGAAAGAGGCCAGUUGGAGAACAGAAAGAACUUCUCAAUAAAUGGAAUGAAAUGGGAACUGAUGAACCAGAUUUAAGCCUUUUCAGACCUGUUUAUGCACCAAAGGAUUUUCUGGAGGUGUUAAUUAAUCUUCGCAACCCAAAUUAUGAAAAUGGUGAUUCUCUUAGUUUCAGGACCCAUUUGGGCUUAAUCCAAGUACCUCUGAAAGUAAAAGACAUCCCUGAAUUGAAAGAAUUCUUUGUAGAACUCGGCUUAACUACAGGACAGCUGGGUAUAGAUGACUCUACACAAGUGCCUCCUGAACUUUUUGAAAAUGAGCAUGUACGUAUUGGGCAAAAAGUUCUAGCAGAACAAGACAGUGCUGCUGCUCAACAGUAUAUCAGACAAGGAAGCCCCACAGCACUGAGAGCAGAAUUAUGGGCUCUCAUUUUGAAUAUUUCCAGUCAACCGGAGGAUAUCUUGUAUUAUGAGCAGCUUAAGACCAAUGUAAUACAACAUGACCUUUUGGUGGACAGUCUAAUCUAUAAAGAUGUGAAGUUGACAGCAAGCAACGAUGAUUAUUAUUUUGUAUUUGAAGAUUAUUUGUAUCAGGUAUUACUUUGUUUUUCCCGGGACACAUCUGUGUUGGGUCAUUUUGCGUACAACAGUGCUUCACCACCGAAAUCAUACAUAAGAGGAAAACUAGGACUAGAAGAAUAUGCAGUCUUUUAUCCACCAAAUGGUGUAAUCCCUUUCCAUGGAUUUUCAAUGUAUGUUGCACCACUUUGUUUUCUCUACCAUGAACCUUCCAAAUUGUAUCAGAUAUUCCGUGAGAUGUAUGUGCGUUUUUUCUUCAGACUCCAUUCCAUCUCUUCUCAUCCUUCUGGUAUUGUGUCCCUCUGUUUGCUGUUUGAAACUCUUCUUCAGACCUAUCUCCCUCAGCUCUUCUAUCAUCUACGAGAAAUUGGGGCUCAACCACUUCGCAUAUCCUUUAAGUGGAUGGUUCGAGCUUUCUCUGGAUACUUAGCUACAGAUCAACUCCUGCUUUUGUGGGAUAGAAUCCUAGGAUACAACUCUCUGGAAAUUCUUGCUGUGCUGGCAGCUGCUGUGUUUGCUUUCCGAGCAGUGAACCUGAUGGAGGUGACAUCACUGGCCGCAGCUGAAGCAGUUCUUGCUGACCUUUCUACUUUAAAAGUUAUGCCUCUUCUUCAAAUUUUUCUGUUUGCUACUGUCACCUGAUCUUCUUCAAGGUCACUGACAACACAUCUAGUUUUUCAUUAGAAAAUAAUCAUGAACUAUGCAAACUCUGCAUAAAACCAAAAUGAAACUUUGCAUAUAAGCCAAUAAAGAUCAUGUUCCCUCUUCAGUUAAACCUAAGUAGUUUUUCACUUUUUGAAACAAUAACUCCGCACACCAAAUACUGCACUGCAUGCUGCUGGUUUUCAAAAGAGAAGCAAUAGACAUGACUUCUGCUGAAUUGAGCAUACUAUAUAUAUACUCCUGACUUGUAAAAGGCAUGUAACAAUAUAUGCAAUAAGAACUAAAGAUACUGUAAUAAACUUGAAGAGGUAAUAUAGCCUCUGGGACAGUU